AUGGCCUUCAGCGCCAGUGGGAUAUCGGCUGGCGACGUGGAAGAAGCGGACGUCUUCGGAGGAGGCGGUGGUGGUGGUGGUGGAGGUGGUGGUGGUGGAGGCAGCCCUCCAUCCGUAGUGCCGCCAACUACGCCAAGGGCAGCUAGUUCCAGUAAAUCAGUACCUGCGCGACGUACUGCUGUUCCACCGGUCAUUCCCCCGCCAGUCUUCCCGCGUCCACCCACCCGUCCUCCAGUCGGGCACCCACCAGUGGCCCACCGCCCAGUCCCCCCUCCAGCUGUGCCGCCACCUGCUGCGACCAGACCGACGACACGUCCAGCAGCUGCUACAGGGCCGUUCUCGGUCGACGAGAUAAUCUGCACCAUCGGCGAGUACGCACUCUUCCCCAGCAUGAUCCCGAGGGACGGCCUGUGUAACUACGUCUACUACAGCAACGUCGUCAUUCUUAACAACAGCCUGCGCGGCGUCGCGGUGCCUCAAAGCUGGGAGAUGUUCGAGAAAGAAAUGAUGACCUUCACUCGCACUUCUGGUGGCAUCGGAUUUGACAUCCGGUACACAACCGCCGCCGCCGUGACCGCAGAGGUGGAAAGUAAGCUAAACGAACUGGUCCCAAAAAACAUCAAGCACUACGGCGUGCUGAACGUGUUGCAGAGAGCAAAUAAGGUCAUGGACGCGUACAACAAAGCAAAAGCUCUUCUUACAAAACUCAAACAACUACAAGGCAACGACGCCCAGAGAAAGACGCUAAUAGCUCUCGGACUAUACAAUUACCGCGAGCAGGACGCGUAUGGGAUCCUGCACAGCAUUUUUAACGACGCUGUCAACAACCACGUGGCGGACACAGUCAUCGCCUACAGCUCUGUGGGGUGGAUUGAGAGAGAUUUAGAGUGCUACAGCCACCCACCUGCCAUUUUCAACUUGGGGUCGUACCUGGGAGCGGCUCUCGCAGAGUCUGGGCGGGCACCUGAGAUGAGAAGGAUCGCACUGAUGAUGACGAGAGACAAGCAGUUCAGAUCGAACACAAAGAUGGGUCUUUCCUUCGAGCUUGGCACACUUGUCUACCGUUUAAAGAAGCCUUAUCACGGCCAGAUUCCUACUCCCGAAAUGGCCAAUGCCCCAUGCACCACCCUCUUCAUCACCAGCCUGGACGCGGCACCGUGCGAAUCGGGCCUUCCCUUGAGGCGAGCUGAAUUAUUCACGGGUGUCAACGUGGCAGUUGUUCAAGGGGAUAACAAGACGGCCAUGUUUUUCGAGAGCGAAACAACCCUCCGAAAAAAGUGUGCCAAGCUGGCCGAGAAUGCCACCUUCCUGCGGCCGGACAUGUCGUUGCUGAUGGUCAACGCCCACCUCGGGGACCCAACCCCGAGCUGCGUCGGUCUGGACGGCAGAGAGAGGGGCGACCUGUUUUGGCGAAUCGAAGCGGUCAAGACAGCGCUCCACGUACCAUGAACCCCGAGCCGAGGAGGAGGCAGCCUGCGAGAAGUUUUCGGACUGCGCGGCGCCAGUGGGCAUGUGGUUCAGUGUGCUUUGUUUCAUUUUGCGUUAAAG